GUAUUCAGCUUUCUCAGAAAUAACAUUUAAUCUGCUUUUUUUAACUACAAUAUAACUGGUAAUGGCAUCUGUUCUCCAAUGUAGAAUAUUACAUCGGAAUGUCCCAACCAGAGAAGCAAAGGAGUGAUGAGACAAAUAUUAUGUGACCAUUCAGCUUUCUCCCAAGAUUAAGUGAUGUGGAUGUAAUGAUCAAUAGUGCCAAAAAGUGAUAACUACUUAACAGUGAUUACUGUGAUGCUCAGUUUCGGACCUUGUCACACAGCUUUUGUCCAAAAAUUGACUAUAAAUCAUGAAGGUCGUUGCUCUCAAAGCCAAUGGUUGACUAAUUUUGGGAUUAAGGAGGCCUAAAAUCCAUCCACAAAGGAAGUUGGUUGUGGUCAUUGGAAACUUAUUGGAAGGCCAGCAGUUGCAAUGAUAUGGUUCAGUACCAGUUGCAACUUCUCCAAUUCAAUUCAACCUAUCCCAGUUGACAACAGGGCUAGACUAACAUCAUAAGUAAGAGGAACUUAUUGCGGAUACUGUAAAUCUGAAACACAAAGCAAAUAGUGGAGAAACUCAGCAGGUCUCUGAUUCUUCUUCAGAACUCAGUUCAUACCAGACUCAAAACCUUAAUUCUCUUUCUCCCUCCACAGAUGCUGAGUUUCUCCAGUGUCUUCUAUGUUUAUAUAUCGCAAAUAAUAUUAGCACCAGAUAAUCAUUCUAAAAGAGAGUCUACCAUGUUUCCUAGCUCUUCAGUAGAACAAUUGGAAUUAUUAAGCUUUUGAGAAUGGAGAAUAAACAAUAUUGCCUUGGAAAAUGUUCUGACUGCAAUUAGCAAGUGACAAGUAUUUCAUCAUGCUCCUUCUAGACAAUGGAGAGCAUUUUGGGAGGAAUUGGUGGGUAAUAUGUGAACUGUUUUCUGCAGAUUUACUAAGCACAACAUGUUUUUGUAGUCUCGCUGUUAACACAGCUGGCCCAAUUAAGCAUCUAAUCAACUUCACAAGAUAUUGCACGCAAAUGACUCUGUAAAGAUAAUGCAGUACAGGUUAGAGGAAGUGACGGCAAUAUUUAAGAUCUGUGUUCUGUGCUCCACCAGCUGAUUGAGGAUGUUUAAAUGUCUGCUUCCCCUCCAACCUCUACAAUUAGGCCUGAGGUAGCAUGUUGUGGAAUUCCCAUUUUGAAGUUUAUUGUACAAGAGCAGGUCAGAAGUUGGGAAUCCUGCAGUGCGUAACUCAAGUCCUGACUCCCCAGUGCUUAUCCAUAAUUUGCAAGGUACAAGUCAGGAGUGUGAUGGAAUGCUUCCCAGUUGAGUGCAGCUCCAACAACAUUCAAGCUUGACAUCAUUCAGGGCAAAGUUGCCUGCUUAUUUGGUACUUCAUCCACAAACAUCCACUCCCUCCACUUCUGAUGCUCAGUAAUAGCAGUGUGUACAAACUGCAAAAUGCACUGCAGAGAUUCACCAAGUCUCCUUAGACAUCACCUUCCAAACUCAUGACCACUUCCAUCUAGAAGGACAAGGGCAAGGUAGAUACAUAGGAACACCAACACCUGCUAAUUCCCCCUCCAAACCAAUCACUAUCCUUUUGGAAAUAUAUCACUGUUCCCUCAGUGUUUCUGGGUCAGAAUCCUCUUUUACUGGUAUUGUGGAUCUGUUUUCAGCGCACAGCCUACAGAAAAAUUCAAGAAGGCAGCACUCCACCCCGUCUCUAGGGCAACUAGGAAAGGGCAAUAAAUGCUGGCACAACCAACAAUGUCCACAUUCCAAGAUUGAUUUUGUUUUGUUUUUAUGUUAAAUCCUGGAAUGUUGUACUCAUCAGAAUAGAUACAGCAUUAAGGACUGCAGCAGUAUGAGGAAAAAGCCCAUCAUUGUGAACAUCACCUCAGGUCAAGUGAAGAUGAGCAUAAAAUAUCACAGCCUUAUCAGCUUUACGCAUAUUCUGCAAACAUAUUGACAAGGAAUUUAAAAAUAACUCAAUUGGAUCAUGGGAAAGGUGUUCACAUGCUUCAGAAAUAUGUGAUUGGAGAGUCGAGUGAAUGGUUGAAUAUUGUUGCCAAAUGGAAAUCUCUUCAGGAUCUUAACAAGGAAGAAGAACGCAUUUCAGACAAUACUAGAACUGGGAUAAAACGGCCAGCGCAGCAAGAGAGUGGUGAAACUAGAAAAAGGUCAAAGUUAGAGCUGGGUGAAUCUCCAGUGACAGACUUUAAUGAAAGUCCAACAGGGCCACAUAACACUCAUUCACUAAUAGAAGAAUGUUACCAGAGUAAAUCACCAACACAGAUGCCAUCUUCUCCUGAUGAGCUGCUUAAUUCUAAGGGUCAAGGUGCUGCGUCUAGUAUGCAUUUUAGAGUAUCUUGCCGCUGCAGUGGGAAAAUUGCUAAAAUGAUUACCUCACAGGAGCUAGGGAGAGCUAUCGGUGUUGCCCUCAGCAGGCAAAUGGGCUGGAAAGCAGAAUUGAGAAACCCAGUGCUGGAGGUCUACGUUCAUAUAAGUGAUGUUCAUUAUGUGGUUGGGAUUCCUAUUGUGAGACUUCCAUUAGCCAGAAGAGACUAUAUUAAAAGUGCAGGACUGAGAUCUACUGUGGCUUGGGCUAUGGCGUAUCUUGCUGACAUCAAGGCUGGUUCACUAGUACUUGAUCCAAUGUGUGGAUUAGGAACCAUUUUACUGGAAGCUGCCAAAGAAUGGCCUACUGCAUAUUACCAUGGAGUAGACAAUACUGCCUCACAGUUGCAGAUGGCAUCUGCCAAUGUGUGCUUUGCAAAACUGACCAACAGCAUUGACCUAAUGAGAGCUUCUGUGACAGAAUUGCCUCUGCUUACAGAAAGCAUGAAUGUAGUCAUCUGUGACAUUCCAUUUGGAAAAAAAUUUAAAAUUUCACAGGAUAUGAAGACAAUAAUGCCAUACAUCCUCAAAGAGAUGGUGAGGGUGCUUAGCAUUGGUGGGACCCUUGUACUACUACUUAGCCAAGAACUCUCACUACUGAUGCAGCAAUGGCAGAAAUUGAAGAGUCACCCAAAUGACAAAGGAAAUAUUGCUGUCUGGCAGAAUCCAGAUACAACACCAAAGGAUACAGAUCCAGUUGAACAUAUUGACGUGCAGCCCAUAUCAGUUGAAAAAGAGCAGUCUGAUGUUAAAACACAGAUUUUUGCCUCUCUAGUGCCAACAGGUAUCUUCCAAGUGAGUCUUGGUGUUACAGAAGCUGCUAUACACAGAUACAAGAAAAUUCUAAUAUCAUGAGCUAAUGUUUUGCUAGUGACUGAGAUGUUGUACAAGUCUGUCAUGGACUGUGCAAGAUUCAAAGUGAGAGCACAUUUUUAUCAAAAUAAGUCAGUAAGUUAUUGAUUCAGUCAUAGAGACUUUCUCUGGAUAAAUGAGUUAAACUCAUUUGACUGUUGGGCAAGCUCAUUGACAUCAAGCCUGGAUCAAUUCACUUCUCAGGUUUUGUUUAAAGACGCCCGUGCCUCACCCUGCCCUUAAUGAUCUAUGAGCGAUGUGCUUAUGAUACAGUCAAAGAUUUGUGCAAACAGUUCUUAGUCAUUUGGCUAAAUAGAUUAGGAAAAAGUGGGUAAAUGAUCAGUCUUAGAGGUGAGAAGUCUAGUAGAGUGGGCUGUAUGUUUCAUUAUGUGGGCUGGACCAGAAUUCUCUGCUGCUCCUCCUAGCUCUCUCUGAAAUUUCAGAACUUAGCUUCUCAGCCACCUUCAUCUGCUAGUAUUUGAUACCACAUUUUGAACAAGCAUCAGCCUCGUGAAACCAAGUUAAAGUUACUGUUGGGAUUUGAUAAUUAUUGUCAUUUGAUCAAUAUUCUGAAUCUCAUUGAGACCCUUAUCUACUGGGGGCAAGAGUUUGACUCGAAUGCCCAAAGCAUACAAUUUAAAAUGGCGUAUGGCCUAAGGCCACUAAGAAGAUGUGAACAUCAUGAUGCCACGAACUUGAGCCCACAGGUUGCAGCAAGUAAAGUUCCAAGUUUCAGUCCAUCAGCCAUGAUAGGCGGCCACCAAUAUGUGACUGUGGGGUAAUUACAUAAUUAGGAGUAGACCAUUCAGCCCCUUGAGCCUGCUCUGCCAUUUAAUAUAAUCAUGACUGAUCUGCUUUUGGCCUUAGCCCCACUUUUGUGUUUGCUCUCCAAAACCCUUCGGCCCAUUACUAAUUAAAUAUAUGUCCAACUCCUCAAAUUUAUUCAGUGCCUCGGCAUCAGCCGCACUCUGAGUCAUGAAUUUCGCAGAUUCAGCACCCUUUGAUACAAGUAAUUUCUCCUCAUCUCUGUUUUAUCUGCUUCCUUUAUUCUAAAACCAUUACCCCUUGUUCUAGAUUGUCCCACAAAGGGAAACAGUUGCAUAUGUCUACUUCGUCAAUACCCUGUAGGAUCUCAAUGACACUUUUGGAUCGUGCACAGUAAGCAAUGAGACUGAAUGAAUGAAAACCAGCAGUGUUUAGUUCAAUUUUUUCUUUUAAAGUGUAAGAUGUUAUAGGAUAACACAUCUUGUACGGAAGAGUUAAAAUAGAAUGGGAUAAGAGAUGGUUUGAAUGAAGUGAUCCAAGUCUUAAUGUAACAGUGAUAAUGGGAACUGCAGACGCUGGAGAAUCCAAAUAACAAAGUGUGGAGCUGGGUGAACACAGCAGGCCAAGCAGCAUCUCAGGAGCACAAAAGCUGAUGUUUCGGGCCUAGACUCUUCUUCAGAGAGCCUUAAUGUACUUUGAUGAAAGUUUAUAUAAUUAAUACUAGUUGUAAUACUGUUUGUAAGCUGCACAUUAUGGCCUGAAGUUGUCAUGAUCUGCCAGCAGUCUAAGGGGGAAAUACACUGUACAAUAUUAGUGGAAGCUGUUCUGGAGACUCAAUAAUAUCAAGAAAUUGUGAUAACCUUAAUGAUUUAUCUAAGAAAACUGAAAAGAAUGUUAUCAAACACUUCGGAUCAAUUUUCAAGGAUGUGAAAAUGUGUUGAAUCAACAGGUACAGUGUUUUGUUCGUUUAUGCUUGUGUUGUGUCAUUUGAUCGCAUUUGUAUGUUCAGCAAUGCAAAUGUGACCAGCUGAACACAGUUUCUUUUGAACAAUUUUAACUUGAUGUUUUAGGAGUGAAGACAGAUUUUACCAAAUGAUUUGUUGUUUGAUCUCUCCUUUAUAAACAAACUGCAUUAUGAGUAGUACACAAGCAUCUAAGGAGCCUCCAACACUUAAUGAUUAAUAACAUCAGUUUAUCCAAGUGCAGGACAUACUAUUGCCUUGUCAUUAGAGGAAAAGUCAAAUUAAUAUUUUCUAGUUCUAUUAAUGAUGGGAUCACACUGUAUUGCUAGUAGCACAGUUGAAACAGCCUACAAAUUAGUAAAUGCACUCUUUUAAUGUUAUUGUUAAAGGCAUUUUGAAGAAGCCACCACAGCUUUCCUUUUGAGGUGUUUUAUUUUCAUCAGUAUGUUCUUCUCAAUUAUUUAAAUGACUGUGUCAUUGAAUUUCCACAUGUGACAUGAAGGGAGAUACCAUAUCCUUGAGAUCUGGCUUGUCCACAGAACACUGGUUGAAAGAAAUGCUGGGCUUUCCCCUUAUCAAAGCAGCCUACCAAAGGUUUGACUGUAGCUUUUUUCCACUUUAGUGCCUCUUGUUUCACUGCGUUGGUUCAUCCAUGGUGAUACCUCUGUAAUCGUACACUAUUACAGUAUGAUUUAUGGCACAGUGCUUAGCACUGCUGCCUCACAGCACCAGGGACCCAGGUUCGAUUCCGGCCUUUGGUAUCUGUCUGUGUGGAGUUUGUACAUUCUCCCUGUGGCUGCGUGGGUUUCCUGUGGGUGCUCCGGUUUCCUCCCACAGUCCAGAGAUGUGCAGGUUAGGUAGAUUGGCCGUGCUAAAUCGCCCGUAGUGUUCAGGAUGGGUAGCUUAGGUGGGUUAUAGGGCGAAUGGGUCUGGGUGGGAUGCACCUGAGGCUCUGUGUGGACUUUUUGGGCCAAAAGGCCUGUUUCCACACAGUAGGGAUUCUAAUUCUAAUAUUUAUCUCGGCCUGUAACUGAAUUUCAUCGUGUAUAGCAGUUUAGAUAUAAUGUGAAUACAAGUUUAUGUUAUUUUAGCUAGGUAUGAAUGGCUAAACAAAGUAUUAUUUAUCUUGUGCCUGUUCAUCUUUAAAAAAAAGUGGUGAUAUUUUGUUAAUGAUAUACAGUUGUAACAUGUCUUCGCAAGAAGUUAUUACUGUAUGUUUUAAUAUGAAAAGAACAUUUCUUUGUACAAUGGUUUCCAAACAUGCUUUUUUUUUAUUUUAAUUCAGUUAUCAGAUGUGGACACCUCUGGUUGGACCAGUAUUUGUUGUCCAUCCUUGGUUGCCAUUGAGAAGGUGAUUGUGAGCUGCCGCCUUUAACCACUGCCAUUCAUGUGUCUCAUUCCCGUGCAUUGAGCUGAAUAAGCCACUAGAGGUCACCAGAUACUGAUCUUCUCGACAAUCCGUGACCCAGCCACUUAAUUCAGACAAAAAUGAAUCAUUAAAAAACACAACAAUUUUAGACAAAUGCUAUUUUUGUGCACAAAGAUGUAGAAAAGUAAACCAUUUUUUAAAAGGCCUGGCAUAUCAUGGCUCAGAGACUAGUCAAAAAUUGGUUGUGACAGCUGACAGACAGGUUGCACAGAAUAGAGGAAACCUGGGGAAUGGAUAACAUCUUAAAAUCCCCCAAAUGGAGCACAAAUUGAGACAACAGCACACAAACAUUUGAUUUCUGCUGC